AUGGAUGAGAUAUCGCGCCCGGUGCGGGAUUAUCGAUACUGUAGAAAAUACAAUAAACGAAUGGAUGAGAUACCGAGUCCGGUGCGGGAUUAUCGAUACUGUAGAAAAUACAAGAAACGAAUGGAUGAGAUAUCGCGCGAGGUGCGGGAUUAUCGAUACUGUAGAAAACACAAGAAACGAAUGGAUGAGAUAUCGCGCGAGGUGUGGGAUUAUCGAUACUGUAGAAAACACAAUAAACGAAUGGAUGAGAUACCGCGUCCAGUGUGGGAUUAUCGAUACUGUAGAAAACACAAUAAACGAAUGGAUGAGAUACCGCGCGAGGUGCGGGAUUAUCGAUACAGUAGAAAACACAAUAAACGAAUGGAUGAGGUACCGCGUCCGGUGCGGGAUUAUCGAUACUGUAGAAAAUACAAUAAACGAAUGGAUGAGAUAUCGCGCCCGGUGCGGGAUUAUCGAUACUGUAGAAAACACAAUAAACGAAUGGAUGAGAUAUCGCGCCCGGUGCGGCAUUAUCGAUACAGUAGAAAACACAAUAAACGAAUGGAUGAGAUACCGAGUCCGGUGCGGGAUUAUCGAUACUGUAGAAAAUACAAUAAACGAAUGGAUGAGAUAUCGCGCGAGGUGCGGGAUUAUCGAUACAGUAGAAAACACAAUAAACGAAUGGAUGAGAUACCGAGUCCGGUGCGGGAUUAUCGAUACUGUAGAAAAUACAAUAAACGAAUGGAUGAGAUAUCGCGCCCGGUGCGGGAUUAUCGAUACUGUAGAAAACACAAGAAAGAAUGGAUAAGAUAUCGCGCCCAGUGCGGGAUUAUCGAUGCUGUAGAAAAUACAAUAAGCGAACGGAUGAGAUAUCGCGCCCGGUGCGGGAUUAUCGAUACUGUAGAAAACACAAUAAACGAAUGGAUGAGAUAUCGCGCCCGGUGCGGCAUUAUCGAUACAGUAGAAAAUACAAUGAGGAACAGACGAGAAAUGUGUUUUAACACGUAUUUUCAUCUAACUAUAGAGGUAAACAAGCCAGGGAAUCCUUUAUCUUAA